UUUUAACUUUUAUUUCUACUUAUUUCAAUAAAAUAAAACCACAUCUCAGCUUCAAGAGAUAGCGGGACCUGCAGACCAAAAUAAUCAAUAAAGCCCAUUUGUUUGUAUCUCCACACAACGUAGUUACCACCAUGUCCGCACACCACAAACCCGAUUAUUAUGUACUGAUGUGCAAGAAAACUCCGUACAUCACCAAUGGACAAACUAAUACGGCCCGUUUUCACCCUCGAAUUAAAUUACAAACUCGUCCCUGGUCUCGUCACUAUUGGAAAGUAUGAUGGAACCCACCCCUGUCUGACGGCCGCAACCACAGCCGACAAGAUCUUGAUCCACAGUCCUCACCGCAAAAACCCUAACAUAGUCGGACGAAUCGUCUGGUCGGAAUCCAAUCGCGAAAUCGCCACCCUCAACAUCAACCAGUCAAUCUCCGCUUUAGCAGCAGGAGUCCUACUCCCAGACGACGACAAAGACAUCCUAAUUAUAGGCACAGAAACUCACAUUCUAGCCUACCAUGUCCAUGACAACAAAGACGUCUUCUACACAGAGUGUCCAGACGGUGUAAAGGCCAUUACCAUGGGUACUUUCAAGGACUCCAAAAACCAGAUUCUGAUGGUUGGGGGGAAUUCGUCGGUGCAUGGGUAUGACCAUCAAGGGAACGAGAUUUUCUGGACGGCUGUGGGGGAUGUUGUGACGUCGCUUAUCUUGAUGGACUAUAACAAGGAUGGUUCGAAUGAGUUGAUCGUGAGCUCGGAAGAUUUCAAUAUUCGUGUUUUUAAAGGUGACCAGAUUAUAGCAGAGCAUGUGGAAACGGAAGUGGUGACUGGUUUAGCAGUUUUGCCGGAAAAUAGAUUCGCGUAUUCGGUUUCGAACGGAACGGUUGGGGUGUACGAACAGGAUGUUCGUCUGUGGAGGGUCAAGUCCAAGCACUUUUCCAUAUCCAUGCAAAACUACGACCUGCUGGGCCAAGGUUCGACCCAACUAAUCACCGGCUGGUCCAACGGCAAAAUCGACUGUCGUUCCAUCAAAACCGGAGAAGUCUUAUUCAAAGACACUAUGAGCACGGGAAUUUCUGGAGUAGUAGAAGGUGACUACCGUUCGAUUGGAAAAACUGACAUCAUUUGUGCCUCCUGUGAAGGAGAAGUCCGAGGGUACACUACGACAAAAUCAUUGUCAACACCUCCCGGAUCUGGCCUAGAGCAAGAGACCGUCAGAGAAUUGCUAGCGAGAAAACAAGCUCUACUUUUAGAACUGAAACACUACGACAAUAACACGAAGUAUAACGAGAACGCGAUCAAUCAGAUGGAGAGUUACGAAAACAAUGGGGUGAUUCCUGCUAAUACUAGGUUGCAGAUUGGGAUUGCGACGAGCGAAGAAGACUCAAAAUCUAAUCAAGUGGAGAUUUACGUUUCGACUAACAACACUACCGUCAUCAAAGCUGUUGUUAUCUUUGCUGAAGGAAUCUUCAAGGGGGAAACGCAUGUUGUGCACCCCCCAAACUCGAAACUCAGUUCUGAUUUGUUGAUUCCAUUGUCUAUACCGAGGGAUGCACCUGUUGACAUUCACAUCAAGGCUCUCGUGGGUUACACUAACAGCGUCCAGUUCCACGUUUUCGAAAUCACAAGACAGCUCCCGCGCUUCUCUAUGUAUUCGCUUCUAAGAAAAACGACUUCAAAACAGUUAGAUAGCUUUGUAGAGAUCAAAAUAAAUGAGAGACUCCAGAGAAUCUGUAUGUGGAUCAAUCAGAAUUUUCUUUUGGCAAAUGAUAUCGAGGCCGAGAAUGGACCUACGCUCAAAGUGCAUUUAAAGUGUUUGAGAGAUAAGUCUGAACUCACUAUGUCGUUUGACGUUUCAGGAAAGACUGUUUUUUAUACGGAGAAGAUGUCCCUUGCGGCUGAUUUGGUACAAUCUGUGGCUACAUUUUUGAAAAUUGAGAAUUUACAGUCAAAAGCGUCGUUUCCAAAAGAAGAAGAAAACUUGACGAUUUGUAUGGAGAAGUUGGGCGAAAUUCAAGAUGCUCGUCUGAGGUUAGGAACAGAUGUGGCAGAUCGUUUAGGGCAGAUUCGAGCAUAUGUGAUAAGAGCCGAAGAUAGUCGACUGAACGACUUACAAGAGAUGCCAAAAUACUACAACGAACUCAACAAACUCAAUAAAGAACUAAUCAGUAGCUACAACAUCCGUCUACACAACUACAACGAAGGUUUAGAAACAAUGAAGACCAUCAACUCCAUCAUUCAAAAAGCGUCACGACUCAGAGUGGGACCAAACUCCGCUAAUAUGAUAAACUACUGCAGACAAGCUAUCAAAAACAACAACAUCGAAGGUCUUUUAAAAAUCAUCCGAACCGGAGAAAUGUAA